AGUUCAGCCGCCUCCUACUCCUGCUAGCUGCUGCUGGCGGAGCACAGGAGAACUACUUCUACUUUGUCCUGGAGGUGGAAAGGACUCCACAGGUCGGGCCUAGAAGCUGAGUGUGGAGUACAAGUGUGUCUUCAUAAUACAGAAUAUGAAAGUACCCCUAUCUGUCCCCUAUCAUUCUUCACUGUCAAUAGCGAUGCUGAGAUCUGUGUCAUAUGAAAGAUGACAUCCUGACACCAUGCAUCUGGUUGAUUGUCAGAAUGACUUCUUACUUGUAAGAGAAUUCCCUGGCACAAAAAGAUGUACCUCAGAACAUACCAUAUGUAACAGGAACAGCCAUGACUUGGGGGUUCAGGGAAGGUGUGCAGGCAGCUUUAGCUGUCUAUCCUGGAUGCCGAGAUUUGAGGCCCAGAAGUCUCCCAUGGCUCCUUAUCACAUCCGACACUACCAGGACAGCGACUAUGAAAGUGUCGUGGAUGUGUUCACCAAGGGCAUGGAAGAGCACAUCCCCGCCACCUUUCGCCACAUGCUUAUGCUGCCCCGAACCCUCCUACUCUUACUUGGGGUGCCCCUUACCCUGGUCCUGGUGUCUGGUUCCUGGCUGCUGGCUGUUGUGUGCUUCUUCUUUCUGCUCCUACUCCUGCGGCUCCUUGCUGGACAGCCCUGGAAGCAGUAUGUGGCCAAGUGUUUGCAGACAGACAUGGUUGACAUUACCAAGUCUUACCUGAAUGUUCAUGGCGCCUGCUUCUGGGUGGCUGAGUCUGGGGGGCAGGUGGUGGGCAUGGUGGCUGCUCAGCCAGACAAGGAUUCUCCAUUAGGGGGGAAGCAGCUGCAGCUCUUUCGCCUGUCUGUGUCCUCACAGCAUCGAGGACAGGGGAUAGCGAAGGCACUGGUCAGAACUGUCCUCCAGUUUGCACGGGACCAGGGCUACAGUGAUGUUGUCCUUGGUACCAGCACCUUGCAGCAAAGUGCUAUGACUCUCUACCUGGGCAUGGGCUUCCAGAAGACAGGCGAAUACUUCAUUAGUAUGUUCUGGAGGUUAGUGGGUAUUUCUACAUUUGAAUUAAAGUACUCUUUCCCUUCUGCCUAGGAAAUGGGGACAGUGGCCUUAUAUUCCUGUGCAGCAUGCACGCUCCUCUGCAUUCUGCUGCAGGAACCAGUAAAACCCCAUCCUGUCAGUGUGAUUAACAAUAAAAGCUUCUUGCUGGAGCUCACCAGAUUCUAAUGCAUGUGAUUGCUGGGUGGGGUUUGGAGCUUCUGCUAUAUUCUAGUUGUCUAGGGUGCCUGUGUUUCAUAUUCCUAGCCCCAUAUUACUGUUGGGGAAAUCGUGCAAAAUACUAAUGCAUGUGUUUCACUUUUGAGUGUGGAUCAGAAGUUUCUGUAGGGCUGGAGAGGGCAACUCAUCUAGCCCCAGGACACCUAAUUGGUUAAAUGUAAACAUGGGAAGUGAACAUGAAGGUUUCUCUCUCUGUUCCUGUGUUCUAGGAAGCCAUGAACUUUGACCUGUGGUCACUGACCUUCUCAGACUUAGUGAAUGAUACCUUGAGUCCACUUGUAUUUUUAAUUCUUUGAUAGUUCCACACAUGUAUACACCGAGUUUCUUAUUGUACUGGCUUCAUUCACACAGGUAUCAUUACAGCUAAGCCCAGCCCACAAACAAGACAGGAGCUCCCCAGUGCUGGAUACCGAUGCAAGUAUCAGAGGGUUGUUGAGGGGAAAGAUCAGCAUCCCAGGGCCUUGAGUUGUUUUAGAUCGUGUUCACAUCCUCAGAGUGGAGAUCUUCACUAAAAAGGCAUGCAAAGUUAUACAAAAUACUAAGAAAGCUCAUUUACCCCCGGCUUAAGUAAAAGUACAUUUCUAACUACCACCGCCUGUGUUUGGGACCCAAGAGCCCUGUUAUCCUCACAUAGAAGAGCUCUGACUCCUCAGAAGUAGUGUACAUAGUCACUAAAGACUCCUUAUUUGGAAAUUAGAAAAAACUGUGUCUUUAUCACUUUCUCUUACAGCAGUGUUCUCUGUAGCAAGCUCCUUUCAGAAAAUAGUGUUUCAUUUCCUAGGAAAUAGGUAUUUUCUGAAAGCUCAUGAGACUUGUGCAGUAAGUGAAACAGGCCCAAGAGGUAAGACAACUUACCAGAUCAGGAAGCACCUGAAACUUAAAGAAUCCACUGAGGCCCACCCCAAGGUUCUGUUAGCAGCAACUGCUGGGGAAAAGAGGCUCACCUUCAGAGGUGCUUGCAAGUGGUGCAAGGCUCCAGGAUGAAUGUAUUUUGAGUCAUGCCUGUGACUUUUCAGUGAUGAAGUUGUCUUUGAAUCAUCCUGUAAGUAACUCCUUGCUGGUAUUCCUAUACACACCUCAAUAAACUCACUAAUUCAACUAA